GGCCGUGGUACCUAGUGCCGUGCUCCGCCCGCUCCUCGCUAACCCAACAUCAACAAGCAUCCACCUAUUAUUGCCCCCAUCUUCAGUGCCAGUCUGAAUGAGAAGUGAGCCCAUCUUUAACGGAGGACGAAAUGUGAAGUGAUAAAGCAAGCAACUCAGAACAACAUCAGCAAAUUUGGAAUUAAAAUAAGUGAAGAAUAAUCAAGAAAAGAUGGCUCAACAGAUCUCCGUAGAGUCAUUGGAUCCACAUGCAUUUGAGGAAUCAACUGGAUGGUUUGAAGAUAAGAGACUUACCCGAUGAGCUAUGCAAUUUGACAAAUUUAAAAGAACUUGACAUAUCAAACAAUGCACUGAAAGCCAUUCCAGCCAGGAUUGGAGAUAUGAAGAACUUAGAAAAACUUGUGGCUGCAUACAAUAAUAUAACCUAUCUCCCCAAAUCCCUGACAGAACUUGUCAAACUUAAAUGCAUCAACAUUCGAGGAAAUAAAUUAUCAGCACUUCCAAGUGAUUUUGGACAGCUACGGUCUUUAGAAGAGAUAGACUUGAAGGAAAAUCUGCUAGUAAGACCUCCAAAGCUGGUUUGUGAAGGGGGGAAACACAUUGAAAUAGAGCAGUAUUUGAAAUAUGCAUAUGCCAAGGACAAAAACUUUCUGGAGAAAACGUUACAAUUAAUACCCAAAAACAUCCCUGCUGAAGAUUUUGAACAUUUCUGUAAAAAGCUUCAUCUACCUUCCAGUGAUAUUACUUCACUUGGAAAAUUAAGGAUACCAUUGGAAGAGAAGAUAAAGUCAGCUCUAAUAUGGUGGCAAGAUCAUCGUGUGGCCACGCUAGAACCUGGUGAGGCAACAGAGGAGUUAAUUCGAACACUAGAUAGAGCAGACUUAAAUGAACUAGCUUCUAAAGUCAGAUCUUUAAAAAUUUGUACACAAGCUAUAAAAUUAUAAAAUUUGUACAUGUGAUGAUCCUGUUAUUAGAAAGAAUGUUAUUCCUGAUUAUAAAAUAUUUCUGCAAAAAAUUAGUAAAAAAUAAGUCAUUCUACCUGAUGAAUCACUCUGUGGUGAAAGCUUACAUUUGAAAUUAACACCUGCAACAUAAAUUUUAUUACUUGUAUUUCUUGGCCAUAAUGAUAUUGCCUUCCAAAUACUGCACAUAUCUUUUAGAUGUAAAUCCAGAUGUUAAAAUGCAAACCUGAAAUUUACAUUCAUAUUUGUUAAUGCAUGAAACAUGAACAACACAUUGCAAAAUGCAUAAUUCUGAAGUUUUUAAAAUAAAAUUGUUCGUAACAAAGUAAACCAGUUGAAACUUAAUGCCUGAAUUAUAAUAAAUAAGAUGGUUGUAACAUUAAUUAUGCUGCAGUAAUUUAUUUUCCUAAUCUUGUAUUUCAAUAAAAUCAGGGUGAUUCA